GGAAACUACAGAUUUGGGCCUCUUGCCGGAAACAUGCAGAUUUUGAAUCUUCUCAGCCGAAAUGUCGGUGUUUUCAAGACCGUCACACUAUGCGAGCAAAAAAUGCAGCAAGUAUCGUUGAUGCAGGCUCGUCACCUGGCUGUUCCAGGAGGAAAAGCCGUUUUCAAGAGAGAUAAGCCACAUUUGAAUGUGGGAACCAUCGGGCACGUCGAUCACGGAAAGACUACGCUCACCUCGGCAAUUACAAAGAUCCUCGCCACAUCAAAAGGAGCCAAAUACCGUAAAUACGAAGAUAUCGACAAUGCGCCAGAAGAAAAGGCCCGUGGUAUCACCAUCAACGCUUUCCACUUGGAAUAUGAGACUGCCAAACGCCAUUACGCUCAUAUCGAUUGCCCCGGACACGCUGAUUACAUCAAGAAUAUGAUCACGGGUGCCGCACAAAUGGAGGGAGCAAUUCUCGUCGUAGCAGCCACCGAUGGACCAAUGCCACAGACAAGAGAGCAUUUACUGUUGGCUCGUCAAGUCGGAGUUCCACUUGACAAUAUCGUAGUAUUCAUGAACAAAGUCGACGAGGUUCCCGACGCAGAAACCCGUGAACUCGUAGAAAUGGACAUUCGCGAGCAGCUCAACGAGUUUGGAUAUCCAGGAGACACAUGUCCGGUUAUCUUUGGAUCGGCUCUCUGUGCUCUUGAAGGAAAACAGCCAGAAAUUGGAGAAGAAGCCGUCAAGCAGCUCCUUGAAGUUCUCGAUAACAAAUUUGUGAUCCCAGAGAGAAAAGUGAACGAGGAGCCAAUGUUUGCAGCGGAGCACGUUUACUCGAUCGUCGGGCGUGGAACAGUUAUCACUGGAAAGCUUGAGAGAGGAAUUUUGAAGAGAGGAGAUAAGAUUGAAAUUGUUGGAGGAACAAAAGAUGGAACCACUGUGAAAUCAGUAAUCUCUGGAUUAGAAUCCUUCCGUAAAACUGUCGAUCAAGCCGAGCCUGGAGAUCAAUUGGGUGUGCUUCUUCGUGGUUUAGGACCAAAAGAUGUUCGUAGAGGAUGUGUUUUACUUCCACAAGGACACAAACAUAAGGUCACUGAUAAGGUUAAAGCUCAACUUUAUGUGCUCAAAGAGAGCGAAGGAGGCGCCAAGACACCGAUUGCCAACUAUUUCAGUGAGCACGUCUUCUCAUUGACAUGGGACAGUGGAGCAAGUGUCAGAAUUAUUGGAAAAGACUUUGUGAUGCCUGGAGAAUCUGCGGAAGUCGAGCUCUCACUGAAUUCCCAAAUGUUCAUCGAGCCCCAACAAAGAUUCACAAUUCGUAAAGGAGCCAAAACAAUUGGAACCGGUGUGUUCACCGACGUUCUUCCACCACUAACCAACGACGAAAAGGACCCGAAAUCGAAGAAAAAGCUGAUGAAAGCUGAAAUGGAACGAUUGGGAUUCAAUCCAUACGGAGAUAUGGUCGAAAAACGUUUGAAACCAGAUUUUUCCAAUUCUCCAAAGGACAAUCCGGCUGCGAAGGCUUUCGAGGGACAACCAUAAAUUUUUCGCAUUUUUUCCUGAAAAUUUUGAAGAAUUUUGUGCUUAAAAAUCCAUGUUUCCCUCCCCUCCUCAUGAUCUUUAUAGUUAUUUUUUCCUUUUUUUAGUUGUAGAUUUGAGAUUCAUUGUUCAUAUCCCAUUUUUUGUUAAUUUAAUAUUUCUCUGUUGAAUUUUUUUUACUU